CUAAUACAAGGAGACUGUUAAGAAAAAGUUGCUCCUCGUAGCGUGGUCAUGAUCAAUUAAAAAACCCCAAAACAACAGAAUCCUUUUAAAAAAUGGACACCUUACAUUUGAUAGCUCUGCAUCCAUAAACCCUACCCCCCCCCUUUCCAUCUCCCUCUGUCAACCCCAUUCGCUUCAAAUGGAGGACGAAAGGUCUCUCUCGCUUCUCAAGUUAAUGGUUAAUGAAGGAUUAUUCCCAUCUCCAGAAGAAGACGAGAAGAGGAAGAUUAUUGUCGAGAAGCUCAAAACAAUUGUGGUAGCGUGGGCUAAGAAGGUGGCGUGGCAGCGGUGUUUACCAAAACAACAAAUUGCAGCUACAUCUGCUGCUAUAUUGACUUAUGGAUCCUAUGGACUUGGAGUUCAUGAUCCAGAGUCUGAUAUUGAUGCUUUAUGUGUUGGUCCUUUCUUCGCCACUAUAGCUGAGGACUUUUUUAUUGUUUUGCACAACAUACUUAAGAGCAGGCCUGAAAUAUCAGAAAUCCAUUGUGUGAAGGAUUCAAAGGUUCCUUUGAUGCGGUUUACAUUUGAUGGGAUUUCAGUUGAUCUUCCAUAUGCUCAGCUUAAAGUCUUAAAUGUUCCUGAAAACGUGGACAUCCUCAAUCUAUCCCUUUUGACUAAUAUUGACGAGACUAGUUGGAAGAGUUUGUCUGGAGUACGUGCUAAUCAACGGAUACUGCUGCUUGUUCCAAACCUGAAGAAUUUCCAAUCCAUGCUGCGAUGUCUUAAACUGUGGGCAAAACGGCGAGGAGUGUAUGGUAAUCUAAAUGGGUUUCUGGGAGGAGUGCAUUUAGCAGUUCUAGCAGCCUUUGUUUGUCAAAAUCAGCCUAGCGCCAGUGUAAUUGCUUUAAUUUCAAACUUCUUUAGUACAUAUGCGAUGUGGCCUUGGCCUACACCUGUUAUGCUCCAAGAUGGAAUGCCAUCAAAUGUGGAAGAUGUGAUUGAGACUCGAUUCUACAUGCCUAUUCGUUUGCCAUGUAGUCCAUACGAGUAUUGCCAUUCCAAUGUCACUAAAAGCACAUUCACCAAGAUCAGAGCAGAGUUUCUCAGAGGGCAUUCUAUGACUAGGGAUCUUCUAAAGUUAAAGCUGGACUCUGAUGUGGGGAGAAUUUUUGAGCCUUUCCCAUACUCAACGAACUAUACACGAUUUGUCAAAAUCUACCUUUCAGCUCCUGAUCAAGAUGAGCUAGGAGACUGGGUGGGCUGGGUGAAGUCACACUUCCGCUGUCUACUUCUUAAGCUGGAAGCCGUGCAGGGCUUUUGUGACCCCAACCCCGUGGAAUAUGUUGAUAUGGAUGCAUCUGAACCAAAUGUUGUUUUCUACUGGGGCCUAAAUCGCAGUAGAAGCAAUUUCGUGUAUAUAGAACCUGUUGAGGAGGAUUUCUCGAGGAGUAUAUACUGUGGCUAUAAUGGCAUUCGUGGAAAGAUGGAAUUAUCUAUCGUGCAAGCAUCUGAACUACCAAAGAAUGCUCGGUUUGACAGUGGAAACGGCAAGAAAAUGAAAGCAUGCUGGAAGAUGCUUGACUACAAUCAAAGGAGGACCCCAGCAUAUUCGCAACAUCUGCCAAGCUACUUUGUUGGGUAUGUGGAAAGCAAUGGAGACACCGAGCACCCAAGUACUGGGGGCUAAAAGUUUACUUUGACAAUUGAACCCGUUAGGAAACGAAGUUGGGCAUGUUAGAAUGCAAUCAACACGAACUUGAUUAACCAGCUUUGGAGUUUCGAACUAAAGCAAUCGUUCUCCUUUGGAGUUAUGAUGUAAAGCAAUUGUAAGUUCUUGUGCCACAAAUUUUCUUUUGGAUAAAUCUUGUGCAACAAACUUUGAAAUAGAUACCCCUUCAGCAUUGGCCAAGAGGCUGCAAAUCUGCCACAAUGCCGAGAAAGAGCCCAAUUCGUGUGAGGUGGUUUUCAUUAUCGAUUAGCGCGAGGCAGGCGUUGACUAAUGCGAGCAGAAUCUCUAUGAUCAAGGCCAUAGGAAGAUGAGGAUUUUGGCAUUUCGAACUUCUUUUCCCGAGGACAAGAGGUAGAUAUUGAACGAAGAAGACCAGCUUCUCGUUCACAAGAAUAUGCAUUAGAAGCGAGAGCCCACAAAUAAUAGGCACGAGGGGUCUGGCCCAUGGCAACACCUUAGGCUUUGCCCCCCUUUGCUUUCUAAACUCGGUAACAUAUUUUAUAAACUAUUACAUUUAUUUAUUAACGAUUAUUAUUGUUAUUAUUAUUGGUUAAACUAGAACAUAA